AUGUCCCUCGAUUUCCAAAACCUCGGCGUCUCUGACCCAUUCGCCAAUGACACCACCAAGGCUGGUGGUGUCGGCGGGAACGCUUCAACGCAUCUCAUCCAUAUAAGGAAUCAGCAGCGCAAUGGCCGCAAGAGUGUAACGACUGUGCAGGGUCUGCCAAAGACCUUCGACCUGAAGAAGAUGGUCCGAGCCCUAAAGAAAGAGUUUAGUUGCAACGGCACUGUAAUAGAGGAUCCUGAACACGGUAGUAUUAUACAGCUACAGGGUGAUCAGCGUCAGGCUGUGAAGGAAUUCUUAGAGCGUGAGGGUAUAUGCGGCUCAGAGCAGCUGCGUAUUCAUGGGGUCUAG